GACUUCGUUAUUGUGCUUCUUCUUGAUCUCAGAUUCAUGAGCCUGUCAUCUAAUUUCCGUCAGAAUUUCCCCAGAAGUCCCAGUACUACGGCGUGACAUGUAGGAACGCUCACUUCCGAGGCUACGUGGAGUCUCCCGGACCUCCAUAAUAUGCAAUACCUAGGCAGAAUCGUGCUUAGCGAUAUAGCGCCGGUUGAGACGCCACUAAAGCUCGUGGUCCCAAUGGAAUCCUCAUACCAAUUUACUUCAUGUUCGGAGACACACCGUAUUCCGUCUCCUUACCGAAGACAACAUAGUGCGGGUAGGUCCUGUGUGGGAAUGGCUAUUGUAUAAAAGGUAACGCUAUCCUUGCAGAGGCAGGAGAUUCUGCUACUGUCAGAAUUUUCCGGUGGAACUCAUCAUGCUUUCCACCAUGCGGUCCUUCUCCCAAUCGGUAUUGCUUGCAAGCACCCUUCUGACUGCAACGUGUCAACUCUCUGCAGCCACUGAUUCUGUACUGGAGCGAGAUGUUGACGCAGACGUUUUGGUCGCUCGUUCGGAAUUUCUAGGCUUCAGCAUGUACAAGAAAGGCGAAGUCGAGGCUACAGAUCUCCCAUCCAGCUGCAAGACAGCACUCACCCAAAAGGUCCUCUGCGACAACCAGAUCGCGGACUACGGUGGCGAGCUCCAAUGGCGUGGAUAUGUUUUCACAGAAAUAACAUCAUACGAGUCUGUUUGCGAUGCCUCGUGUGGCGACUCCAUUCGUUCGUACUUCGACGGUGUCGCAAAGGAAUGUGCUGGCCUCAAGGUGUUUGACCAAAUCAACACUUUCAAAGCCGGACGCUUACUGGAGGGGUGGACUGAAACUUGCUACUAUGAUCCAGAAAGUGGUCGAAAUUGCAAUGAAAUCAUAGACGGGUUUUCGGGUGAUUUUGAAGACGUGUACAACAUGCCUCUGGAUGAAAUGUGUUCGUUCUGCUACGUUGAGCACUACAGAAUAAUGCAAAAGUCUCCAUACUCCGCCUACGACGCCUUCUACGAACACAACCUGCAAAUGAUCAACGAGAAGUGUGGCUUGAACAAUCCUACCGAAGUACCCUUUCCUCUAGAUCCUCCUCAAGAACAAGAUCUUCACUGCAGUUCUAAGAUUUACCACUUGAUUCAAGCUGGCGAAACCUGUACUUCAAUAGCAAAGGACUACGAUGUCCCCGAACAUUUGAUACUUGAUUCCUACUCGUUUCAGUACGGAGGCUGGACUUAUGAGGUAGGGUGCGAUGAAUUCCGCGCCGGCCUCAAGAUGUGUAUCCCGGAAAAGGACUAUUGCGAAACUCAUUACUACCACACUUCCAAAGAAGGCGACACCUGCGCUUCUAUCGCGAAGGCCUAUGGCGUAGCAUCCUAUGACCUCACCUACCAGAACGAAGGCAAAAUCAACGAUUGCAACUCGAUCCCCCCUGGUCUUACACUCUGUAUGCCACCAGCCUGCGACACCUACGAGCUUCAAGCUGGCGACACUUGCCACGACCUCGAGAUCAGGUUCAACAUCACCAGCCCAGAGUUACUAGGGUAUAAUGGAUGGAUCAACGAUGAUUGUUCGAAUCUGGAUACCGGGAGGAUGAAUGAUGGUGGUAUUGUUUGCUCAUCAAUCCCGAUCUAUGGUGAUGGUGAAGACUAUACCGCUCCUGAUGACGGAACAUCUUCGGAGGAUGAGGUGGCUUCUAGCACUGUUUUCAUGACUUCGAUCACGCGUAGUUCUCCUUCGGAAGCUACUACUGCUGCUGUCACGGAUGGUCAUACUCGUCCGACGGGAAGCGUUGGAGAUGUUGCGAAGACUUCGUCAGAGCCAUCGGGAGGCAAAAUUACAGCUCAGACUACUGGUGCCUCUGCAGCUGCUACUACUACAAACGCGUCAACGGACAGAGUCUCGGCUGCGAUGAUGAUGAUGCAUGUCAGCAAGUGGCAGAUUAUUGCACUUGCCUUCACUGCGACCUUAUUCUCCUAUACACUGUGAGCCAUUUCGCUCGAGCUGUGGUAGAGCUUAAGCUUGUCAAACGCUUGUUCUCGGAGAAUAUAUACAUUCGAAAUUAUCUUUGCCGGCACAUUUCUGCUCUACUCUUUCUGCCCUAUCCCGAUAGAUCAGCUCUUGAACAAUCUCUCUACACCAGCUCAUCUUAUCCUCAUACGGAUAUGCUUUUCGUGGGAGGAGUGGGCACUUUUGGGGGGGGGGGGGG